CUACCGCCGCCCCAGCUUCCCGACCCCGAGCCCGAGGGCUCCGCCGACCGCCGGCCGCCGCCACCCACGCUGCCGCCGUGCCGCGCCUCCCGCCGGCCGCCGCCCCCAGCGCUGCCGCGCAUCCCACCGCCUGCUGCCCGCGGGCCGUGGCCUCUGCUGCGGUGCUGCCUGCUGUGCGCGCGCCUCCCGCCGGCGCCGUGCGCGGGCACGUCGCAAGCGGCCGCGGCAAGCCCGGCGGCCUUCGCGCCUCCAGCCUGGAGCUCACUCUCCCCGAAUCCAGAUUCCCCUCUUCAGAUUGAAAGGGCAGAAGAUGGUUCUGCGGCGGGCGGUGGCGGAGUGCCCCAAGAAGGUUGCGGGGCUGGUGGACCUGGUGAACCUGCCGACUGCGCUGCGGGAGUUCGCCGGGGGCCGGUCCCAGAUGUCCCACCUCUCCUUCUUCCUCCGUGUCUGGUCCCACAUCAAGGAACACAACCUACAGGACCCGACGAAUAAGAACAUUGUGAACUGUGAUGAGAAGCUGAAGACUGUAUUAUUGGGCAGGUCCCAAGUGCAGCUCCUUGAACUCCCAAUGAUUGUUAAGCUUCAUUUCCCAAAAGUUCCAAAGUCGUGAUAACAUUAAUUUAGAGGUAUUGUAUAUUGAAACUUUGUGGAACCUGGAUGAUUUAUGUUUGGCAGGGAUAAACAGAAUCAUGUAAGUGUUGCUUUGCUGAAAUUGAUAGGCUAAUACUGCACCUGCUAGAUUGAGUUUUGUGAUUA